ACAUUUCACAGUAUUUUUAUCGAAGCUGUGCGAGUGCGUUGUUUGCUUUUAACCAUGUUGAUGAACAGUUUAGUUAAAUACUCGAAAACUGCCUUAAAUUACAGCGGUGCUAUUAGGCAAAUGGCAUACAUUCCCAAAAACCGGUUGGAUGGCAAAGUGGCCGUAGUCACGGCCUCAACGGAUGGCAUUGGAUUCGGCAUUGCCAGGCGUCUCGCUCUGGAAGGUGCAAAGGUCGUCAUCAGCAGCAGGAAACAAAAGAAUGUUGACUCCGCUUUAGCCAAAUUGAAGGAAGAGGGUUUAACUGCUGCAGGACUUGUAUGCCAUGUAUCCAAAAAGGAAGACAGAAUUAAGCUGUUUGAUGAAGCCGUUAAAGCAUUUGGGGGCGUGGACAUCUUGGUGUCCAAUGCUGCUGCCAAUCCUGCAGUAGGAAGUGUUCUAGAUGCAGAUGAAGAAGCUUGGGACAAAAUAUUCGACAUUAACGUUAAAGCAGCGUACUUAUUAGCAAAAGAAUCGCUACCACAUAUCCGCAAAAGGGGUGGCGGAAGUAUAGUAUUCAUUGCCUCAAUUGCUGGUUACCAACCAUUUGACUUAUUGGGUGCAUAUUCUGUAAGCAAAACAACAUUAUUAGGAUUGACCAAAGCGGCUUCGCAGCAAUUGGCAACGGAAAAUAUAAAUGUGAACUGCAUCGCUCCAGGAAUAGUUAAAACCAAGUUUUCCGCGGCUAUUUCCGCAUCGAAGGAAUCCGAAGAAGCGGCGCUGUCCACGAUUCCAAUGAAAAGAUUGGGAAAAGUUGAAGACAUAAGUGGCGUUGCGGCUUUCCUUGUUUCCGACGAUGCAAAAUACAUAACCGGCGAAACAAUUGUUGCUGCUGGUGGAAUGCCCUCGCACUUGUAGAUCAGCCGACCAUCGUUCGCUUCCUACCCCUAGCUCUUACAUCUUCAAACUUCUGAAUGACUUCUUUACAAUUUUUGUAUGCGUUUUUAUAAGAUUUUAAUAUAUUUGGAAAUAUUUGCUCAGCUA